AUGCGAUUCGACGUUAAAAGACAAUUGUUUGCUAGAUCCGAUCGGGUCAAAGGAAUUGAUUUCCACCCUACAGAGCCAUGGAUCUUGACAACUCUCUAUAGCGGUCAUGUCUAUAUCUGGUCAUAUGAGACACAGUCAAUCGUGAAAACAUUCGAACUUACAGAUGUUCCUGUUCGUGCCGGUCGUUUUAUCUCCAGAAAGAAUUGGAUUGUCUGUGGGUCGGAUGACUUUCAACUUCGCGUUUACAAUUAUAAUACUUCCGAAAAGAUAAUCUCAUUUGAGGCACAUCCCGAUUAUAUUCGAUCUAUCGCAGUUCAUCCUACACAUCCUUUCGUAUUGACAGCCUCCGAUGAUAUGACCAUAAAGCUUUGGGAUUGGGACAAAGGAUGGAAGUGUGUGCAGGUAUUCGAGGGCCACAAUCACUACGUCAUGGGGUUGGCUUUCAACCCCAAAGACUCCAAUACCUUUGCUUCGGCUUGCCUCGACCGAACCGUCAAGAUAUGGAGCCUAGGCUCGUCACACCCUAAUUUGACGUUAGAGGCUCACGAAAUAAAGGGCGUCAAUCAUGUCGAUUACUACCCACAUGCCGACAAACCCUAUCUGUUAACCACCUCCGAUGAUAAAACCGUAAAGGUUUGGGAUUAUACGACAAAGGCAUUAAUUGCAACGUUAGAAGGCCAUACUAGUAAUGUGUCAUUCGCCUGCUAUCACCCGGAACUCCCAGUCAUUGUCUCCGGCUCGGAAGAUGGUACAAUUAAGAUUUGGAACGCCAACACCUACAGAUUAGAACAGUCCUUGAGUUAUGGCCUGGAACGUGCGUGGUGUGUGGGCUAUCAGCGAGGGAAGCAAGGCAUUGCAAUGGGCUUCGACGAUGGCGCUGUGGUUGUAAAAAUGGGCAGAGAAGAGCCAGCAGCAUCAAUGGAUGGGUCCGGCAAGCUAAUAUGGGCCCGGCAUAACGAAGUUGUAUCGACUGUGAUAAAAGGGGGAGAUUCUACUCUCAAAGAUGGGGCACCCCUUAGUCUUCCCACGAAAGACCUUGGCUCCUGUGAAGUGUAUCCCCAGAGUUUGUUGCACUCUCCUAACGGCAGAUUUGUCUCUGUUUGUGGUGAUGGCGAAUAUAUAAUUUACACCGCGCUUGCGUGGAGGAACAAGGCUUUUGGACAGGCCCUUGACUUUGCUUGGGGCUCCAAGGAUAAUAGCAACGAUUAUGCAAUCCGGGAGUCCGCCACGAGUGUAAAAAUAUUCCGCAAUUUUAAGGAGAAGAGCGGUGGCCUUGAUGUCGGUUUUCAAGCAGAAGGCCUUUCAAGCGGCGUGUUGCUUGGCGUUAGAGGCCAGGGUGGAAUUGGAAUGUUUGACUGGGAAACUGGAGGCCUUGUGCGGAGAAUAGAGGUCGAUCCUAAAGCAGUUUAUUGGUCGGAAUCUGGAGAGCUCGUUGCUUUAGCUUGUGAUGACACCUUCUAUGUUCUUCGCUAUUCGAGAGAGAACUAUGUCGCCGGUGUUCAUGCUGGAGAAGCCGAUGAAGACGGUGUUGAAGCGGCUUUUGAAGUAGUCACAGAUAUUAGUGAUACCGUUCGUACCGGUGAAUGGGUUGGCGACUGCUUUAUCUAUACAAAUUCGACAAAUCGACUAAAUUACCUCGUCGGCGAUCAGACAUACACAAUAUCCCACUUCGACCAACCCAUGUAUAUUCUUGGUUAUCUUCCAAGAGAUGGAAGAAUAUAUCUUGCCGAUAAGGAUCUUACUGUUGUUUCGUUUUCUCUUUCCCUCUCUGUUGUCGAAUACCAGACGUUGGUUCUGCGGGGUGACAUGGAUUCCGCUUCUGAGCUCUUAUCUGACAUUCCCCAAGACCAAAUGAAUAAGAUCGCCCGAUUUUUAGAAGGGCAAGGAUAUAAGGACCUUGCACUCGACGUCGCCACCGAUCAAGAACACCGCUUCGAUCUUUCACUUAGCUUAGGGAAACUAGACAUCGCCCUUGAAAUUGCCCGUGAGGCAGAUAUUGAACAUAGAUGGAAAACAGUCGGCGAUGCUGCCUUAAACGCCUGGGACUUGGCUCUGGCAGAAGAGUGCUUCACUCAUGCUAGGGACCUCGGCUCUCUUCUCCUUCUUCACUCCUCAAGCUGCAACCCGGAAGGACUACGCAAUUUAGCGAAACAAGCAAAAGAUUCCGGUGCUCACAAUGUUGUAUUUUCGGCACUCUGGCAGCUGUCAGACAUCGACGGAUGCAUCGACCUUCUCGUCCAAACCAACCGUACUGCCGAAGCAGUUCUUUUCUCCCAGACAUAUAAACCUAGCCGAACACCCGAAUUAGUUGUACUCUGGAAAGAAAGUCUUGAAAAGAACGGGAAGGUUAAGGUUUCCAGAAUAAUUGGCGUCCCUCCAGGUGUAGAUGCUGCCGACGAGGAGUUGUUUCCAGAAUGGAGCAAAUAUCUUAACCUAGAAGCUGGAGAAGACGAGGAAAACCUGAUUGAUGUCAAUGGCGAGGAUAAUGAUGGCGCUCGUGAGGAAGAAGCAACAGAAGAGCCGGCUAAUGAGGAUACUAAGGAGUAG